AUGACGACCAUGUUUUCUGCGAUAUUCUUUACACUCCUUAUUGGUUCGUCAAUUGGUGCAACGCCGUUUAUAAAUAAUUACUUGGACAACGCGAGUCGUCAAUCUCUCAUUAAGGUCUUCCAAACCGCCCUCAACAGUCAGGUGAGCAGUUGUUCAUAUCAUGUUUCUUCGGUCUGCCCUCAAGCCUCAAGUGACAUGCCCUUUUUCAAUGCGGUUGUACAGCAACUGAAGUAUUACGCCUUCGAUUGA